UCUGAAUUUCAGAGUAUCAACGGUAAAGCAGCAACAAAAGUUGUAGAAAUUGCAACUGGGGAUAUGCUGAACAUUCCUUCAUAUGCACGAUGGUUUGUGCGCAUUGCUGGAAUUUCAGGCGCUACUGCUGUUGCCCUUGGUGCAUAUGGUGCUCAUGUGUUUUACCGACGAGAAUAUCCAGAGGAAUUGAAGCAGGUAUAUGAGACUGCCAACCGCUACCACUUCCUUCACACACUGGCCUUACUUGGUGUCCCUCUUUGUAGACGUCCCAAACUGGCUGGGGCAUUAAUUGUAACAGGAACAGCUAUUUUUUGUGGCACUUGCUAUUACUACGCUUUGACAGGAUCCAAGAAUGUGAGACAGUACACUCCAUAUGGUGGAAUGUUAUUGAUUGUGGGCUGGCUGUCAAUGGUGCUCUGAAAGCCACAAGAUGCUAUUGUAUCUACUGUAAAAUGAAUGAUAGUCAUUUAAGUAGCUUUUAUUUUUCUGUAAUAGAUAAAAUUUCAAUGUUUCAACAAAAAUGUAUAAAAUUACAUAUAGCUUAAAGGGGCUAGUUAAUGAUGACAAUGUUUAUAAAUAUAUUUUAUAUAGAACAAAUAAAUUUUCUUCACUUGGUCCAAAACUGGUUAUAAUAUGGUAAUCAAAAUAUUGUUUCUAUACCAUUUUGUGCAUGUUCAGUAUUAACUUCUAUCAGCACAUUUUCGUGCUGUGUGUAAUUUUCAUUAUCAAUGAUGAAUUCUCUUGAUUUUCAAAGUAACUUUUCUAUUUUAUAGAGUAUUUAAUUAUUUUAAAUUGAUGAGUGGCAAUGCAAUAUGAAUAUAAUUUUGUAUUAGUUCGUCUUUAAUAUGCAUCUUAAAAACUAGAUGAAUAUAUCAGUAUCAAUUUGGUUUAUAGGAAAUAUCAAACAUUAUCACCAUUCUUCAAGCAAUUAGAUAUAUUCACUAUGCAAUGAAUUUGUUACAGUAUACUGAUAAUUUUCCUUAUAUAUUCUUUGUGGAUUUACAUUAAUAUCUAAUUUAAAUUAGCAAUUAAGUAGCAUUAUCUUUCAAAGAUUAAACAUGAAUAAAGAAAAGAGUAUGUUAAGUUAAAUAUUUUUAAUUUUUGUAAUCUUGUGCACCCUUAUACAGUACAUAUUUAAAGUGUAUAUAUAUAUAUAUAUAUAUAUAGUAUGCUAAUCUACAACAGUUAUAUCCUAUAUGAUUGUCCUUCACUAAUCAAACUUGUAUAUAAUUAUAACUCUGCACAUUGAAAUAAUGAACUGUAUUGUACCUUUAAUUUGUUUAGGAAAACAAAAUUGUGAGCUGUGAUAAAUAAACUCGAGCAAAAAUGAUAGUGGGUAUUUUUGGCUGGAUAGUGGCUAUACCAUGGGUGGAAUGUACAAUUGCAAUUCAACAAUGAAUAACCAUAAACCUAUAGUGUCCUAGGCCUAACAUAUACAAUCUUUGGCCUAAUUCAGUACAUCUACUAUACUAUACUUAAGAAAAGUUAGGUUUUGUUGCUACUUUCUUUCUCAAGUCAGUCCCUCUGUAAUUUGAGUAAAAAAAAAAUUGUUGCACCAUAAAAUGGUGAGUCAUUGUUUUGUACAUUCCAUCAACAUUCACUAUAGGUACCAUCAUUUUUUAAUGAGAGCUUGUUAAACAUUUAAACAAUGAUUGGAAACUUGUUGAACAGGUUUGGAACUUUAUUGUAGAGAUGAUAAUAUUUUGCUUACAAAUAUAUGUUUCCUGUUUCUAAAUGCAAUAAAUGUGAAAGACAAAAAUUCUGAAAUGAAAGAAUAAAAACCCUA